AUGUCCCCCUCCCGAAACCCCACCCGAACGGACUUACCGAUGAUUUCAACGACAUCCCCCCUGCCUGUACCUACUCCCAUUGCAGUCACAGUCGCAGUCAUGCUCGUGCCUGCACCCGAACUCGAAUUGACACCUGUACCUCCAAUUCCACCACCACCAAUGCUUGUGAUUCCAUUUGCAUUUGCACUUGCACUCGAGCCCGCAUUCAUGUUGUUCGCGCUCACAAUAGCAGCUGCACUCACACCAGGACUCACCACCUCCCCAACAGGUGUUGCAGAAGAAGAAGGUAAAGUAGCAGCAGCCGAUUCAGAAGCGUGA